AUGUCAGCACCAGAAGAGGAGGAGAUCGCCACAGCAGACGCUGACGUGGACGAGGAGGAGGCAGACCAUGAGCAUGAGGAGGUCGAGGCCGAAGAGCCUGAGGAGGAGCAAGGCGAAGAAGACGAGCCCAGUGGGAGGGCUGCCCCCAAGUCUUCUGGGCGCAAGCCCAAGGCCAAGAGCAAGCCAACGAGGAAAGACCCUUCCAAAGCCAAGAAGGCACCUGUCCGUACAGAGUACAAAGCCGGCAUUUGCUUCCCAGUGGCAAAAGUUCGGAAUCUGCUCAGGGAGAGUGGCUACGGCCGUGUAUCACAAGAUGCGUCCAUCUACCUCACGGGCGUCAUGGAGUAUGUUGUUGCAGAGAUCCUAGAGCUAGCAGGCAACUCCGCAAAGGAGCACAAGAAGCAACGCAUCAUUCCUCGCAACAUUCAGCUCGCAAUCCGCAAUGAUGAGGAGCUGAACAAGUACAUGGCUAACGUCACCAUCAAGUCCGGUGGGGUCAUUCCGAAUAUUCACACCGUGCUCAUGCCGCAAAAGACCAGUGCUAAAGGUGUCAGCGCAGGCUCCCACUCCCAGGAGUACUGA